AACAAUGGCUCGCUUCUUCCUUCCAUUAGCUAUCAUCGCAUUUCACUUUGUUUGCUUGCAAACACUGUGCGAGCAGCAAGAAUUGAUCCAUCUUUACGCCCCACGCAUGGUUCACAUUGUUAGCAACGUUCCAAAUCCGCUGUUGAAGUUUCGUUGUCAAUCCAAAGACAGUGAUCUUGGGUUGCGCACACUCAACGAUGGUCAAGAAUUUUCUUGGAAGUUUUAUCCCCAUAUCUUCUUCAGGACUCUCUUCUUCUGUCAUUUCUACUGGGAGACAAAGGACAAAAGCUUUGUUGUUUACAAUCAGGAAAUUGAUGGUUCGUGUAAAAACAAAAAAAGUGAGUUCAACUGCUAUUUUCGCGUGAGUCCUGACGGGUUCUAUUUUAGCAAUGAUAACGUGAACUACAAAAAAAUAAAUGAUUGGGCAUAAUGGUUAGUCCAUAUGAUAGUAAGUACCCUUAGUUGUCUGAUGUUACUCUAUGUACCAGACCAUUUAUAUAUGGAGCAAUAAAAUUUUACUGUUUUCUCCUUUUCA